CGGCCGAUUUUAAAAUUGAACGGCUCGGGGUGGGUGUUGACGGUGAAAGAAUCCGCGGCGCUCUGGCGGAGGCGAUCGUCGCCUCGUGAGAAGUGGCGCCAAAGUUGAAUGGCGACAGUCGUAGUAAGUCGCCUCACGUCAGUCGUCCCACGUUAGUCGUCAGUCGCCUGCUGCCUCCGGGGAGCCCCCUCCUGUUUCGUCUCGUCCGGUGACUUCAAGAGGCUGCAGCCAUGGAUUUGGUUAUGACAUUCCCCAUUUGCAAGGCCGAAGACAUAGUGACCAUGAUGAGAACCCACAUUCUCUCUGAGGCUGAGGGAAAGAGCAUCUCAGAAAGUGACAUACUCCAACCAAAGGCUGAAGUGAUGCAGCACUUGUACAUGAGACUGCUGCAGUCAUUGUGUCCCCUAAGGAAUGAGAACUUUUUCCUGAACGCUUUCACGGAAAAUGUCUACGAAUAUAUGGAAGGGACCAUUUUUCAGGUCAACUUAUUUGUCUACAUGGAGAAAUUCAUGCCCCUUUGCAAGGUUUAUGACUUUAAGAAGAAAGAUCUUAAUUAUCCAACUCCAAGGCGGACUCUGCGAUUCUGGAGUGCUGUGAACAAUUUUUUAAAUUUCCAUUUAAGUAGAAGUGAAAACUUUCAGAAGCAAGCAGAAAGUCUGAGAGAGGAAGUGCAGCAUUUUCAGAAGUUGAAGGGAAAAAAUGAAGAAUUGAAAAUCAGAAUUGACAAGAUUAAGAAGGUGCCAGCCCAGUUGGAAGCAGAGAUCACCCCCCUAUCAGCGGAGGUUGCCGGCCUACAAGAAACGGUCGACCAGGACUUAAAGAAGACAGUGACCAAACUUGGAGAAGACGGUGCCAUCAAAAAGUGCGAAUUGGCAGAGAAGACUAAAUUACUGAACGAUAUGAAGGUGGACUUGGCCACAGCCAAAGAGAACCAGGCCCUGCUUCGCUCGCAGAUCGUGGAGUGUCCUGAGCAGCUGAAGGAGGAACUUCGCCGGCUCAAAGACGGUGUCUUGAAAUUGAAAAGCCAGAAGGCUGAAAAUAGUAAGAGGUUGUGUGAGCUGUCGCUGCGUGUGAAGACAAUACAAGACAUUCUCGAGUACUUGGAAGUGUGCUUGAAGAUGAUGGAGGAAUGUCAACGGUACUUUGAGGAGAAGAUAGUCGUCUUCAAACACUUGGAAAAACUGGGGGGUGAGGUGGACAUGAACGUGGAUAAAUUGAGGACCCUGACUGCGAAGGAGGACCACCUGCAACAAGCACAAGCCACGCGUCAGGACCAGCGGUCAACGAUUCAACUCAAGGCCGAGAAGCGCAAGCAAGAAAAUGAGAAGGAAUUUCUGAACUGGCUUGGGGCGAUGGAAAAGCUGGAGGAAAAACGAAAAGCAAAUAUUGAACAAGUCGAUAUUCUGCACGAUAGAAAACAUCAAUUGGAAGAACAACAAGUGAACGAAAUGCGUUUUACGCAAAAUGACAAAAGAAAGGUUAAUGAGAAGUUCAAUGGAAUGCUUCAAGCAAUGAAUGAAUUCCACGCAGAUAUCUUCACGCAACUGGAGAAGCACAAAAUGGACCAAGCUGCGAUCUGGGAAAAGAGAAACAAAUUAGUGGAGAGCUUGGAAAAAAUCCUUUCCAAAGACUGAUUUUCUGAUAUAUUGCCUGCAUAUUAAUUUAAUUGUGUACAGUUUAUUCUUGAAUGUGUUAGGUGUCUACAACUUAAAGUUUGACUUUAUUGAAGUAUUAACAAAUUCAUGUGAACAUGUGUUUUUACUUUAGUUCUUUCAUAUAUGUCCAUAAUAAAGGCUUAACUAUUCUCUUUC